AUGAGCUUCGUUCCUGUCAACCCGCGGCCUAUGCUGCAAGACCUCGUCGACAAGACGGUGCUGGUCCGCCUGAAGUGGGGAGAGACGGAGUACAAGGGAAGAUUGGUGUCUAUUGACAGCUACAUGAACUUGCAGCUGUCCAAUACCGAGGAAUACCUAAACGACAAGCUGACCGGCGAGCUGGGCCAAGUCCUCAUUCGAUGCAAUAACGUCCUUUACAUCCGUGGAGCCGACCAGAAGGAGAGCGGUGGAGAUACUAGAAUGGAGGACUGAGGAGAGAAUAUUCAAGAGAACAGACUCUUCCGCCUUGAAACAUUUGGAAACACGGCAUUGAGGGCUGAUUUGCUGUUGGGUGGGGGCGGGAAAGCGUGCACACCAUCAGAAGGCAUUACUCGUGACAAUUUUCACGAUGGGAACGAAACAAGACGGGUUCACUUCGAUACCUGCAACCAAAAGAAUGAUAUACCAGAGCAUACGCAGACAAGAUAGGGGAAGCCACCAUUACUGAAGGCGCCGUCUCGAAAUAUUUAGCUAUUCAUCAAUCAGCAUCGAUCUUUUCUCGGACCGAUCUUUCAGCUUUAUUA